AUGGUGUUGCUGUGUCCGUCAAUCAGCGGUCUCAGGUGGCUCCUAAGAAAGUGUGAAGAUUAUGCGGCGGCUCAUGGGCUCAGGUACAAUGCUAAAAAGAGUGAACUACUUGUCUUUAAAGCGGGCACCAAAUGUUACUCGAAUGUGCCACAAGUUACCAUUUCUAAUUCACCAUUGACUAGAGUAUCUCAUUUCAAGUACUUGGGUCACUGGGUCACCGAGGAUCUCAAUGAGAACAUGGACAUUGAACGUAAAUUUAAACCAAUUCUUGAUCAGAUGCUUCAAAUGGCAAGUGAUCAUGGAGUAUUCUCAGAUGAAGACAUCAGAGAACACUUAGAUACUCUCGUAGCAGCAUCGUAUGAUACAACUUCUUCAGCGAUGACCCACAUGUUGCUGGCGAUUGCAACUUACCCAGAAAUACAGAACAGAUUAUAUAAUGAAAUACAAGAAGUUCUGCAGAACAAAGAUGAUGAUUUUACUAAACAUGAUCUACAGAAGCUGGUCUACUUAGAGGCAGUAAUGAAAGAGUCGUUGAGAUUGUACAGCGCUACUCCACUUAUAGGGAGAAAUAUUGAUGUGGAUGUUAAAUUAAAAAACUGUACAAUACGUGCCAACAGCACUUCUAUCAUUGGUGUGUACGCUCUCCACCGUCAUCCUCUAUGGGGUCCCGAUGCAAAUGAAUUCAAACCAGAGCGCUGGUUGGAUCCUAGCAUUUCUUCAUUACUUGAGAAGCCUGCCCUCUUUGCUGCCUUUGGUAUUGGCAAACGAAACUGCAUCGGAAAAUCGUACAGCAUGCUGAUGAUGAAGAUAGUACUAGCACACAUUGUUCGACAAUAUCAUAUUUCUGGCGACAUUCACAAAGUAGUAUGUGAAUUUGACAUAGUUUUGAAACCGGUAUCAGGACACCAUAUUGGUUUAAAAUUAAGGUCUUAAGAUUGUAAAAAUAAUUGCUCUGUAAUGCCUAAUGAUGGAGACACAGAAAAGUAGAAAAAAAUUGUUUAUUUUGUAAGUUGUUGAAAUAUAUUCUUAAGUCAUGUUCGAGUUCUUUACUGUAAUCUAUAUAGAUAGACUAUCUACUUCCGCGCGGUUUCACACGCUCU